AUGGAUAAAAACGGUAUUGUGUUGAUGCAAAGAUACAAAUCAGGUCGUCUCCUAGGUCAAGGCACAUUCGCAAAAGUUCACCACGCACGUAACCUAAAAACAGGAGAAAACGUAGCUAUCAAUCAAUUGAUCGGUGCAAUCGAUUAUUUCCAUAGCCGUGGUGUUUACCACCGUGAUCUCAAACCAGAGAAUCUACUUCUAGACGAAAAUGACGAUUUGAAAAUAUCUGAUUUUGGUCUUAGCGCGUUGAGAGAGUCUAAGAAACAAGAUGGCUUGCUACACACGACAUGUGGAACACCUGCUUACGUGGCGCAUGAAGUGAUCUCCAAGAAAGGUUAUGAUGGUGCUAAAGCUGUUGUUUGGUCUUGUGGAGUUGUGUUGUACUGUGAGGUCAAGAAGCUAUUAUCUAGGAUCUUGGAUCCUAACCCUAAUUCACGAAUCAAGAUUGACAAAAUCAUGGGGAACUCUUGUUUUCAAAAUGGUUUCAAGAAGAUUGAAGCGCCUAAAUCGCUUGAUAGUCAUCAGAUAGAAUCUCUAAUGAGCAACGUGCAUACAGCAUUUCCAGUGCAGCCGAUGUGUUACAACGCAUUUGACCUAAUAUCUUCGCUGUCUCACGGGUUUGAUCUCUCGGGGUUGUUUGAGAAAGAAAAGAGAUCAGAAUCAAUGUUUACGACAAAGAAGGAACCGAAAGAGAUAGUGUCGAAGUUUGAAGAGAUAGCUACGAGUAGUGAGAGAUUUGAUUUGAAGAAGAUCAAUGUAGGAGUGAUCAAGAUGGAAGAUAGAAGAGAAGGAAGAAAAGGACAAGUUGCGAUUGAGGUUGAGAUAUUUGAAGUGACAAAGCGUUUUAAUAUGGUUGAGUUUAAUAAAAGUGGAGGUGCUACGAUGGAGUAUAAACAGUUUUGUGAUCGUGAGCUUAAGCCUUCCUUGAAAGAUAUUGUUUGGAAAUGGCAAGGAAACUAG